CCGUGGAGAAUCCGUCCAGGGGCUGCGCUCGCGCACCAGCCGUACCAUGGAGGUUUUUAUUCCUUCGUUCCGCUAUGAGGAGAGCGAAUUGGAAAGGGGCUACACGGUCUUUAAGAUCGAAGUACUAAUGAAUGGAAGAAAGCAUUUUGUUGAAAAAAGAUAUAGUGAAUUUCAUGCUCUCCAUAAAAAACUUAAAAAAUUCAUAAGAACUCCAGAAAUCCCUUCAAAGCAUGUGAGGAACUGGGUGCCCAAAGUUUUGGAACAGCGUCGUCAGGGAUUAGAAUUUUAUUUACAGAGUAUUGUUUUAGAAAAUGAAGAACUUCCCAAGAUGUUUCUUGAUUUUCUCAACGUUCGCCAUUUUCCUUCUCUCCCAAAAGCAGAAAGUUGUGGUUCUUUUGAAGAAACAGAGUCUGAAGAAUCAAGCAAACUGUCCCACCAGCCUGUGUUGCUGUUCCUAAGGGAUCCAUAUGUCUUGCCUACAGCCAAUGAUGACUUUCCAAAUGUAGUUAUUGAAGGCAUUCUCCAUGGAUUGUUUUAUCCUCACCUACAACCCAGGUAGAAAAUGGAUUUCGACGGAAAAUAAUCAGAGUAAAUUCAAGUUGUGUUCCUCGAUGCAGGGUUUUGGAGGCUUUUUUUUUUAAAGUAAAAAUCAAAAUACUGAAGCAUGAUACUGAAGCCUGUGUUCGAAGAUGGAACUUUGGGGAUUUUUUUAAUUGUAUCACUAAAAAUGGCUGCUUUUCAAGAUUAUGAACAGGGGGAAACGCUACUCGGUUGAACCUGUAUAUUAAACUCUAAAUACUUAAAUUUUAAAACCGCUGACAAAAUGCCAAAUUACACUAACUUUCAUCAUGUAUUUAUAAUUUUUGUGUCUGUGAUAAAUCAUUAUCCUAAUUCUUUUGUCUCAGCAUUGUAUCCACUGCUGGCAGAGGAUACAUAAAAUAUAAUAGCAUGGAUGACUAAAAAAUGUAAAUGUUAAAAAAUAACUAUGAAAACUGGAAAUGCAAUAUAAGCUCACUGUAUCAGUAUUUCUGAUGUUAUAUCACGUAAGUAUUAUUUUAAGAACAGAGAUGCUAACAGUUUGGUUCAGUUUUAAUUUAUGUCAUAAACUCGGCUGCAAUACUUUUAUUAGCCUAUGCUUAAUGUCAUUUUGAAAAUUUUGUUAAUUUCUAACCUUUUGAAAUAUAAAUAAUAAUAAACAUGAUUAAUAAAAAUAAUUAGCCAGUCCAGGGGCAAUUCAACUUGACUCCUGUUUGCAGCUCCUGGAACUUUCCCUAAUUUUAUUUGCUAAAAAUUUAGCCGUUUCCCAAAGAUUUGAGAUGGAAGUACAUUAAAAAAAUAUACUCAAAACUAUACAAAUAUGCAUUAACACAAUUUAAAAAAAGAAACCAUUAGCAGGCCCAGGAAAAAAAUGAAAAUAAUGCUUCCACCCAAAUGUAUGGUAAAAAUCUGCCCAUUUUGACCUCAUCCCCAAAGGUUUAUCCAUCCUAUCAACACUGCAAAUCAACAUUGUUUCUCAACAUAUGAAAUUCAAAAUAAUGCUAAAACCACAAUGAAAUAAUGAAUGUAAAAAUACUAACUUCUUGGUCAUAUGUCCAUCUACCACUUUGUCAGUUUUGAGUACAUGUGCCAUAGCUGGGAAAUAUUGAGGAUGGAGCUGUAACAUACUAUGCUUAACUUGGGGGAUUCACGUCUACCAUAACAACUAUGACUCUGCCAUUGGGUACCUGGCACAGUACAACAUGUUGUAGUUAUGCUUUUCAAAUACAGUUGCUGUCAGAGAUGUUUUCCUAUCUCUCAGUUGUCCUGGCAGAUCAUUCUCUGGGCAGCUUUAGGUUGGCCACUGGAAUGAACUUUAACCAAUGUUAAAAUGACUUCCUGAAUGCCUUUGGGGAUUUUCCAUCUUCUCUGUCAGCGAUACUGUCAAACCUUAUCAAGCAGUAGAUAUUAUUGCUUAAAGAGGCAACACCAGGUGCAGACAGUACAUUCACAUCUUCUUCAAAGCAGCUUUCCUGCCUCAGAUCCAAAUACUGUGAACCUGUCAAGAAGAGACUUCUUAAAAAUAGCUUCAUUUUUUGAAGUCCAUUUGCCUGUCACCCAGGAGAGAAUUUUCUCCAAUGCUGAACAAAAUUCAAUUCCCUGUUUCAUUCAGCCCCAACAUUCUUCCACUAUCUUGAAAUAAGUCUAGACUUUUAUGGUCAAGCCUUUUCACUCUGAAUUGGUUUAAUAGUGAUGGGUUCAUGUUUUUCUUCUUAUUGUUAGCUGUAAUGAAUAUGGGCAGAAAUAUGAAAAAUAAUUGACAAUAAAUGAUAUUCUUGUC